AACUCCCGAACUUCACCCACAAUCGACCCGCAGCAAACCAACCAACCGAGCACUGUUGAUAGCAACGGCCCGUGGCGAUGAAAAGUUACAUCGAUAACCGCUUUGUUCUCGCAACAACAUCAACAUGUCCAACAAAACAUAUACGGAUUUACUUUGCGAAACCUCUGAGCUUAUAGGAGAAGCUACACAAGCUGAUGAGGCAGUGUUUGAGUCUGGUGUGGUGGAAAAAGCAGCGUUGCAGCCGCUGCUUUGUGAGCUAAGAGUUCGGUAUACGGUGUUGUUAGGUCGACUGGACGAGGUGUAUGACCAGCUACUUCAGCCACAAAAGCGCUUGAUCGUGAAGCGCUUAUUGGAAGCCUGCCUCGGGAGACUGCUUGAGAUCAAACAGGAUUUGGUGGAGAUUCAACUGUCGGAUUUCACGUUUGAUAGUAAUGAGGUCCUAGAGAAACUCCAAGUGACGCCCUACGAGGCAGAACCUCGCGUGCCCCAAUACUUCAUCAGAGAGCGCGAGGACGAGAUCCUGAACAACCGUCAGUUCGUAGACUACACGCUGCGGCGGCUGGGCCACGAGCCGGCCAAGCCGCGCGCGCUGGUGCUGACGGAGCAGCAGGCCGUGCUCGUCAUACAGAGCCACGAGCGCGCCAGGCAGGGACGACUCAGAGGUCAGUUCAUGAAAGAAAUAAGACUCCUCAAGGAAAAAGGAAGGGAUCAAAAGGGUGAAAUGACGCCAUCGGCCGCUACUUCUAUACAAAGAGUCUGGAGAGGUUUCAUAGCGAGGAGAGAGACUAAGAAGAGAAAACAACAAGAAAUGUUGCUUAUUGGUAUGGAAAUGCCUGUAUAUAAGGAGUCCGAAGCUAUUAUCAAGGCAGACGAGGUAAAAGAAUACCGACGAAAUCUCCAAGCGGAACGGAAAAGAGAAUUUGAGGAAGCUCUAUCGUCCAUUGAAAAGAUAUUAAAGUGUCAGCACGACGCUCGCAUCAACGAGCAGAUUGGUGAUGAGCUCAGGAGGUGGAUUUGGGAGUAUUAUGAGAGAACUGGAAAACUCCCUGAGCUGCCACCUGAAGAGAGUGGAGGCAGUAGAGCAAUGUUUAGCAGACAGGGUACUCGUACUGGCACAGAAAGCGAAAUUAGUAAAUCAUCACCGGUAUCAUCUAAAGAUUCUAAGAAGAGCAAAGAGAGUAAGGACAAGAAAAGUAGUAAAAACGAAGAUAAUAAAGGAAAAGAUGAAACAGAAGAUCUUCAAGCCUACAAAUGUAGUUCUUCUGCAUUCUUACAAGAUGUCAUCAAUGCUAAUGAAGAAUUCGAAGAUAUAUGGAAACAUAAAGAGGAUUGCGAAAAUCAUAACGAACGUUACUACAAGGAUAUGAUAGAAAGAGAAAAGAUGGUCAAAUUGGAAACAGAAGUACGAAACAUCGUUGAUGAAUUAAUGCGAAGUGAAUUGGAACUUCUGCAAGGAGCGUUUGACAGGGAUCGAGCACAUAAAGGAAAAAAAGCUAAGAAACCCCAAAAAAAGGUUCGUCGCGGAGGGAAGAAAAACAAAAAGAAGAAAGAGAAAGAUUUAACACCCGAUAGAACCACAGAAUCAUUAUUUGAAGAGCUUGUGGCUAAUGGCAUAAUACGGCCGUACCCCAUUGUAAAAAUAGACGACUAUAUUGGAGAAAAAAGCUUUUUGGGUGAAGAAAUGAAAGCAGAGGGUAGGGAUCCUGCACCUUGUUUAGGGGAUAUUAGACAACUGGUUAAAGAGUAUUGUAUUCUUCCCCUUGGAUCUGAACACGUCAAGACCCAUGCGCCGCUAAUAAGAUCUGUCUUAUUAUCAGGACCUCCAGGAAGUGGGAAGAAAAUGCUAGUGCAUGCAAUAUGCAGUGAAGUGGGAGCGGUUCUGUUUGACCUUACUCCAGCAAAUAUAGUCGGCAAGUAUCCGGGCAAGACUGGUCUCAUAAUGCUCAUACAUCUAGUGACUAAAGUGUCUAGACUACUGCAGCCUUCGGUAAUAUGGAUGGACGAUGCGGAAAAACCAUUUGUGAAAAAGAUACCUAAAACUGACAAGACUGACCCGAAAAGACUGAAGAAAGAUUUGAUCAAGAUUAUUAAAGGAAUAUGCCCGGAGGACCGAGUACUAUUCAUUGGAACGUCUCGAAGCCCAUGGGACGCUGAACAGAAACUCUUAUACCAGUGUUACGCAAAGAUCAUCCAAAUACCCAGAGCUGACUACGGCAGUUUGAGCAUGAUGUGGAUGAAGAGGCUACACAAGGCUGGCGCCUUAUCACCUGGCCUUGAUGUCUCCUGCCUGGCGAGAGUCUCCGAUUCUUACACUAUUGGUACAUUACUAGAGGCUCUGGCAGCAGUCCUGACGACGAAGCGGAGUCUCCAGCUGCGCAUCCGAGCGCUGACUGCGCAGGAGAUAGCCGUGCAACUCAGCUCCAGGGAUCCAAUUUAUGCUGAGCAGGAGGCGGCGGUGGAGGCGUGGUGGGGCAAGACGCCGAUGGAGCGGCGCCGGCUGCGGCUGCUGCAGCGCCUCGAGGAGCUGCAGCAGGAGAACGACGAGAAGCAAGCCGCCAAGAACUAGCUCACAGAGGAACAUAAUAUUCAUGGCU